GAGCUUUAGUACCGUGACAGUAACAGAAACGGAUUGUUGUACGUCCACGUGAGAUCAGUCGUAAAUUCACGGUAGUUGUUUCCAUUGUCAAAAAGAGUUUUGUUGCGUGUGUCAUAGUCCGCGCGCGUGGCCAACAGAAAAAGAAGAGACUUUUUUAUGCCUUCCACGCCGGGCACCGUCACUUUAUCAUGAUUAAAUUAUUCUCGUUAAAACAGGCGAAAAAGGAUGGCGAAUCGCCGAAACCUGGUACCCAAAAGAAGGCAUCUGCAGCACAACUCAGAAUUACAAAAGAUAUAAACGAACUGAACUUGCCAAAAACAUGUGGAACAGAGUUUCCUGACCCUGACGAUCUUCUUAGCUUUAAACUAAUUAUUUGUCCAGACGAGGGAUUUUACAGGGGUGGCAGAUUCGUUUUCAGUUUCAAAGUUGGACCAAAUUAUCCACACGAACCACCAAAAGUAAAGUGUGAAACACAAGUUUAUCAUCCCAAUAUCGAUUUAGACGGCAAUGUGUGUCUAAAUAUAUUAAGAGAAGAUUGGAAACCAGUCCUCACUAUUAAUUCUAUUGUUUAUGGGCUACAAUAUCUCUUUUUGGAACCUAAUCCAGAAGAUCCAUUAAAUAAAGAUGCUGCCGAGGUUCUGCAAAACAACAGGAGAGUGUUCGAGCAAAAUGUAGCGAAAGCGAUGAGGGGUGGCUAUAUUGGCUCAUUUUAUUUUGAACGAUGUCUGAAGUGAAACUGCGCUCGUUUCCUUCGAGGACACAUCGAGGAAAGAGACCGAGAGUAAAAACUUCUCCCUGCUCUGAACGCGUUCCUCUCGUCUAUCACGUUUAUCCGUCGACGUGCCUCUUUGCGUCUUCUUGAUCUCGAGUGCUUCAUACCUUUGGCCGACAAACCAUUGGUAGCAAAACAGAAAAAGAAAAAACAAACACAAAAAUAAUAAAAUAACGACAUCAAUGCGUCGAUCUCUCGGAGUUGCGGGAUACAUUUUCUUUUUUUUUUAUUUUCUUUUCCAUUCAGUAUUCUGCGAAGAAUCAAAGUUGUCUUAAACGCUUGCAAGUUUCUUACUUCGUCGAUGACGAUCCAUUAGUAUUAUAAAUACAAACGGAACGUCGUAUUAUCAAAUAGCAAUUGUUAAAAAACUUUCUUAAACGAUGCAUCUGUGAUUACAAAAUAUUAACGCUAUCCUUCAUUGCAAAAUGUAUCUUUGGCCACGAUCGCUGAUUUCUCUUGCGAGCGCGAGCGCAUCCGCAAUGAUCUAAAUUUAUUGUAAAUUUAUAUCCGAUUGGAAUUUGCGAUACCCGUGCCAUCAAGAACAGCCCAGCCAUCAUCGAUGUGUUAGACAAGGAGUUGUGGUCAAAAAUUUCUAUUGUAGCUUACCUUGAGAAGUCACUAUUAAUUACGAUCGUCGCCAAUCUUUUCGGCAAAAGAGUAUGUAUAUAGAUAUAUGUAAUACGCGUACAAGAUUUGCAAACGCAUAUGCAAUAGCGAUCGUCGCAGCUCCUUUCACAAACGUAUCUCCGCCCUGAGAAUCACUUCGCAGGAUAUGAAUUAUUUUCCAUGGAUGGAUAUAUCCUGCAAUGCUCUUUAUCGGAAACCACGUAAUUUAAUUUAUGUAUCGAUCGAAAGUGGAAUAUAAGGCUGUUAAGGAAAAACUUGCAUUUUUAUCCGCAUUUAUCGAAACCUUAAAGUCAUGGUCCUACGAGCGUUGAGACAACGUGUACCGUCGAGCAUAUUCUAAACAAUCAGAAAUAUACAGAGACGUAGAAACGUUAUCGUAAAAGGAAAUCGUGGAAGACAAGUUUCGUUUAUCUAGUACAGCGCAUACAAUAAACGAAGACAGUUGUUUCAAUGCUCCUACUUCGAAGAUUUACAACCACAAUUCUUUUACUUGUUCACCCCGCGUCGGCACGAUAAAAUGUGUAACGAUAAUUAUUCCGAAGAAAUCAUUAGACAUUUUACAUGUAUACUUUUAAUAAGAUAAACAUAUGAACUUUACAGAAUAUUUCAUGAUCCAGCAAUAAUUUCAUAAAUACUCCCCAAUGGAGGUUUUAAAAAAAUAGUUGAAGAUACAUUUUAUACAAAUGAACUCUUAGCGAGCCUACUACUUCUACCUAAAUUAUAAACCUGCAGUAUGAAACGUGAUUUAAUCGGAAAGAAAAAUGUACAAACGGACAGUGUUAUUGUUGAUCUACAUGUUCGGACUUUACCGUCACUUUGAAAAAAUCUCAUUUAUUUACAAUUCGUUACGAAAUUUGUAUCGUUUAAUGGAAUCAAUGUUACGAAAUCCUGAAUUAAGCAUAUCUUCAUUGAAUUAGCAUUAAUUUAUUAUACUUUAGUACAGUGCUUACGAGAAACUUACAAACUAGAGAAGCGUCCCAGCCUCGAUCCAAUUUGCUGUCCUUAAUUUAGGUCCCAUCUGCGUCGAGCGUGUUUUUGAAGGCACUUUUUCGAGCGCUUCAAGAGCGAUCGAACAACUUUCUCCUUUUUGAUCUGCUUUUCCUCUCUCUCUCUCUCCCCCUCUCUCUCCCCCUCCACCUCCUUCUUCACUCAUUCUUGCUUUCACUCUGUCAGUCAUUCAUCCGUGCACGCACACGAUACAUUUUUUCUGAUUCCCUCUCACGCUACAGCUUUCAUUCUCAUGCAGAUUAACCUUCUCUUUUCUCGUACAAAAAAGAUUCGAUCGCGCUGAACAAUGGAUUGGCGUGAGCUCGGCGAAGAAGCACGGCGAUUUGGAAAUCGAGAUCGGAACGUAUUCCCUGGAAUCUGGAAAUCGAAAUACACAAAUGAUCAGGAAAGAAUUCAAGAUAUUUUAUACGGCGAAACUGAUUCAUUGUGUUUCUUUAGUUACUUCAGAUAAUUAUUUUGUUUAUUAUGAGAUUUAAUUACA